UGGCAACUGCAAAGGAAUAUGAUCUUGAAAAUUUAGUGCAAGGUCUCUUGGUACAAAAAUUGUAUAUACCUGAUACUAUAUCCACAACAACUAGCUGUAAGUUUUAGAUAAUCUUUUCAUAUGUUUAAGAUAACAUAUUUACAUAAGAAUAUAGAGAGAGACACAUCUAUUUAUUUGUAUAUGACAAAAUACUAAAAGUUGCUUUGAUCUGAAAGUACUUACUAAAUAAAUUCAGCAAAUUAUUACUGUGCCAUGUCCGACUGUACAUUUAAUUCUUCAAGAAGAACCAUAUUACUAAAUAUUUCUACCAUAUGUAUUGUGUUAAAGUAUUACUAAUUCACCAACAUACUGUAUAAAGUGUUGUUUUUAUGUGAAAUUUUGAUAUCAACAAUUUUCUUUACUAUGAUCCAAGAAUUAGAAUGUGACUCAAUAAUGAAUAUGUUUACAAUUAUAAGAUACAAGAUGUACAUAAUAUCAGUGAAUAAAGAAUUAUUAAAACUGGUGCAAAAAUGUAUUGAAGUCUAUGAAGAUGUAUUUUGAACAGUGCCAUCAGUGAUAUAAUACAUGUGACAGUGUAUAGAUGAGUGUUUUUUGUGUGUGUGUGCUUUCAGUUGAUUGAGGUUCAAAAAGUGCAGGUCAGAAAUGAAGCCUUGUAUUGCAAAAUGGUGAUAAUAUGUGCUUUUCUAUUUAAGAUAUUCUUCUUUCAAUUGUCUUUAUUUGUUAAAAUACCUAUUGUAAGUGAAAAGAGAAAUUGAAAUAUUUAUUACUUUGUUGCAUGUUCCUUGCUUUAAAGAUACUCAAAUUAACCGUUUGGUAUUAAUAUUAGGUAAUGUAAAUAAAACAUAUGUAUAUUGCUAGCAUUAUUAUUUUUGAGCAUUUUCUUUUGUGUUAUUUAAUAAAUAAUAUUGUAAUUACCUUAUUUAUUGUACCUUUAUCUUAUUAAACCUUUCUCUUUUCUUUAAAUCUUCUUUGAUAAAUUCAAGUCAUAAAUACCAACCAAGAUUGGUAGACAUAAACUUAAGAUGUAGUGAAUCAAAGUUGGAAAAACCAAAUUCGCAUAAACGUUGGUAAAUUUUCUUAAUUUUAAACAAGACAUAAUAUGUUGAUUUGGAUAUUUUUCUGUGUACAAUUGACUAGUAACCCCAUUAGCAAAUGCAUAUCUGCAAUUUCCGCCAUAAAGUACAGAUAAUUAUUAAUAACGACGCAAUAAUAACAUCAAACGUGGCACGGAAUACGGAUUCAGAAAUACUGAAGAUUCAUGGUAGAUUUGCAUCUGUCAAAUAAUCUUUGCUGAGUUAGUGAUAAUCUGCGUUGUCACAUAACCUUGAAUUAAUGAAUGCUUUCAAAUCAAUUCCAUUUACAUUCAUUGUGCUACACUCGAAACGAGAAUGCUCGUAAAAAGUAUUCAAUAAUACGUUAAAUUACUAAAACAUAUCUAAAAUCUGUGAUUCAAAAGGUUACUUAUAACAAUUUACUAGAACAAAGGAGUAAUUAUGGACUGUAAACUAUGUCUGCCUUCUUCUGAAAAAAAAUUAAAAGAAUUAAUAGAGAAGGCAAAAGAUUGGGCACUUAUGCAUGGAUUGUGCAUGAGAUCAAGAAUGAAUUUGAACAAAAAUGUUCUACAAUUUGCACCAUUCAUUCUGAUGCCAUCUCCAUUUCCUAAAAAAGAGUUUGACAAUGCUUGUCGCAUUCAAACAAUAUUAAACAUACUUAUACAUAGAGUAGCACAGGAUUACAAUUUUUUGAAGGAGACUUUAGAAGAGACAAUAAGAGUAGACAGUUUUACCAAAGAAUUAUUCAAUAUAUGUAAAACUGUAAACGAUGAAGGAGGAUCAGCACAAAAAAUAUCUCUUGGUAUACUGCGUUCAGAUUUAAUGUUAGAGACAAACUGUCCAAAAGAAAAGAUGGAUAAAAAAUGUAUACCAUAUUGUUGUUGGAAACAAGUUGAAAUAAAUACAAUUGCAUCUGGUUUUGGCUGGUUAGGACCUGCUUCAACAGAAUUACAUAAAUUUGUAUUAGGAGAACUUGGUUAUCAUGAAGAAAUAAAAAAUCUUCCAGAAAAUAAUGCAUUACAAAUAAUAUGUUCAAAUUUAAUAGAAGCAUGGAACAUGUAUGGAGAUCAACAAGCAGUUAUUUUGUUUGUUAUCGAAGAUAUUACAUAUAAUAUAUGUGACCAACGUUUCCAGGAAUUUGAAAUUAAAAAACAAAAUCCAAAUAUCAAAGUCAUUCGACGAAAUUUAACGUAUUUAGCUGCUACUGCAACAAUGGGUUCAGAAAAGGAAUUGAUAGUUGAUGAUUAUGUUGUAGCUGUAGUAUAUUACAGAUCUGGUUAUGAACCUGGACAGUAUCAUACAAGAAAUGAAUGGAAUGUACGAUUAUUGAUAGAAAAAUCAUUAGCUAUUAAAUGUCCAACUAUUCAGUAUCAUUUAGCAGGAACAAAAAAAGUACAGCAGGCCCUUGCAAAGCAUGGUAUCAUAAGUAAAUUUCUAAAAAAUGAAAAAACAUGUAUUGAAAUUAAAGAAAUAUUCACUGAACUCUAUGCAUUAGAUUUUAAUGAUCAUGGAAAUGCUGCUAUAGAAAUGGGGAUUGCAGAUCCACAUCGUUUCGUAUUAAAGCCUCAACGUGAAGGAGGUUGUAAUAACAAAUAUGGAUUAGAUAUAAAACACUUCUUAGAAUCUGUAAAACAUAAACAAGAUCGAGUGGCCUGGAUUCUUAUGGAUAAAAUUCAUCCUCCAAUUCAUAAAAGUUAUAUGAUUAGACCUGAAGACAAUACGAAUGUGAAAGUACAGGAAUUAGUUUCUGAGCUAGGAAUAUUUGGUGUUAUUAUUGCUGAUGAAAAUAAUGUGUAUGUUAACAAACAAGGUGGUCAUAUGUUAAGGACAAAAUUAGCUACUGCUAACGAAGGUGGUGUUUCGACAGGAUUAGGGGCAUCUUUACCGGAUGUUAUACAUGCUGUAGCAAAGUAUGAAGUAGAUUAUGAACCAAGAGAAAUCUUCUUUUUUCGAGAGGGUACCAUAGUGAUGUGGAAUAUUUCAGAUCUUGAAAGUGGAAAUAUAUUGGAAUUUUUAAAGAAAUACGAAGAUAAUCGUUACUCUGAAUCUAUUAUACAAUCUGAAAGUGAAAUAAUGAGUUACAGCUAUGCAGAUAAUGGAAAACAAAGUCAUAUAAAGAAUAGUCAUAUUAUGUUAGGAGUAAAUGCAUCGAAUUUAGAUAAAUAUACAUUUUCAAAUGCAAUGGCCCAAUCAGUGAAGUUAGGUAUAUGGGAAGUAUCUUUAGAUAAUUACAUAGAUUCUAUAGAAUUUGUUACCGACGAUUUAAAGUCUGGCGUAAAGCUUAGAAUAACUCAACAGGAAGUAUUAAAAAAGCAGGGAGAAUUAUUUGCAUUGCGACAUGCAAUUAAUUUAAGCUCAGAUUUAUUAGAUACUCCCGAUUUCUAUUGGGACCGAGACGAUUUAGAAAUUCUAUAUCAACAAACUUGCGCAUAUUUUAAUGUUACAAAGCGUACAAGAGUUAUAAAUGAAAAAUUGAACCAUUGUGUGGAGCUUGUGGGAAUUUUAUCCACGCAUUUAAGCGACCGUCAUCAUAUUCGCCUAGAAUGGAUGGUUAUUAUCCUUAUCAUGGCUGAAGUUGCUUUUGAAAUAUUACAUUAUAUCGAUAGAUAUUUCUCAGACCAUUCUACAUAAAUUAAUUUAUUGUA